AGUCUGGCGCAUGCGCACUGUGCAGCGGCCGCCGCCGCCGCCGCCAUUACAGCCGGCAUCUCGCUGCCUCCCAUUGCUGCUCCACGGCCGUCCUGUACUUGUCCGGGCUGUGCGUUGACAUGAACAAUGGUGGUGACCUCCCCUUCGCCGUUACCUGAGAGGGCAAUUUAUGGAUUUGUUCUGUUUCUCGCCUCAAAGUUUGCAUUCAUUCUGUAUCUAGUCUGGGCCUUUGUUCCUGAAUCGUGGUUGCACUCAGUGGGUCUCACCUAUUGGCCACAGAAGUAUUGGGCUGUUGCCUUGCCUAUCUAUCUUCUUGUCGUCAUUGUAAUUGCUUACAUUUUACUCUGUGGAGUUAACAUGAUGAGCACAGCGCCGCUGGCCUCUGUAGAUACUGUCACUGACAGUUAUGCAAAAAGCCAACAGAGCAAACCGUAUGUUGAAGGAGCAAUCCCUGGUCUGCAAGAUGUUUCCAUCAGUGAGGUCAAUCGAAUUUUCUUCCUUUCUACAUCUCACGAGGCAGCUGGUGACCAGACAGUGACAUGGAGGUCACACGCCGCGAGACAUGUGGAUCCCCUGACUGAAAACUCCAGUGAUACUUCAGACCUCUAACAUGUUGUAAUAAUGCCGUGCGUUUACUGUCAUCGAAAGCCAUUUAUUCUGCAAUUUUGUGCAGAUAUGAAUUUUUUUUAAAUGCCAUAUUUGUAGAAAUGAAUAAAAUGUUGGUUUCCACUAAAGGCUUAGAUAAGUAUACUAAAUUGUAUACCAGUAAGCCUUAAAAAACACGUGGAUCCCAGACCAUGCUGAAUUAAUUGGGGGAUUGUGUUUGACCAUGCCAACUUUGUUCUUGAGUAAACCAUAUAAUAUAACAUAUAACAAUUACAGCACGGAAACAGGCCAUCUUGGCCCUACAAGUCCCUACGUCGCAAACUUAAUAAUUCGGGACAAUGUUGUCGGGAGAGAAGAAUGAAAAAUGUCAAGACUAAAUGCCCUUUGCAUCUUUUAGUCAGUAGCUUUGACAUUCCUUGCUACGCUCUGCAAAUGCUACACCUUUGGGCUGCCAUAUGCAUGUAAUAGUUCUGUUACAACGUGUUUUCAUGCCGCCAUUUUGAUGUAAUGCAAUUGAUGAAUGAGAGAACACUUUGUGUAUUAGACAGGCUAAAUUUGUUAUAACACGAUUUCUAUAGAGAACUACUUAAAAGUUAUUUUAGAAAUUGAUAGCAGAUAAAAAGCAGUCUUGAUCAAAAAAACAGUCAAGAGAAAAUAAACUUUCCAUCUAACCCUUCCCCUUCCCAACCUUCACCAGAGUAAUUGGACAUCAGUGCCUCUUAAGAACAUGUGUGGGAAUGAACUGCAGAUGCUGGUUUAAACCGAAGAUAGACAUAGAGACAAACAGCAUGGAAACAGGCCCUUCAGCCCUCCAAGUGCUUCCCUACCAUGAACCACGUAUUUACUCUAAUUCUACACUGAUCUCAUCCACUCUGCCCAGAGUCUACUACUCAUCUUCACCUGAGGGACUUUAUUUUACAGCAGUCAAUUACUUACCGACCUGCACAUCUUUGGGAUGUGGGAGGAAACUAGAGCACCUGGAGGCAACCUAUGCAGACACAGGAAGAAUGUGCAAACACCAUACAGACAACCCAAGGCCAGGAUUGAACCCGGUUCUCUGGCGCUGUGAGACAGAGUCUACCAGCCGCGCCACAUGUACUGCCCCUUAAUACAUUUAGGAUGUUCUCUUACACUAAAACCUAAUUGAGAAGUACACAUGACUACAGCAUUAUUUAAUACCUGGUACUGCAAGAUUCAGUCAAAAAAAGAAACAGAUGAAUGGAAAUAGGAUGAAAUUGACAGGUCUUGAUUGCUGGAGCUUGGUUACAGCUCUUAGCUUAGUGGAUAUUGAGUUUUAAUCAGAAUGGAAGGAGGAAAUUAAGUUUCAGUGUAGCAUGUAGCAGGGACCCUGCCAAAAAGAGACACAAGUGCCGCGGUAAUUAUGUUUUCCUGUUCAAAUAUCUCGGGUAAAUAGCCAUUGUCUGCUCAUUCUUGUACAUGCUGAAAAUGCAAGAUGUUCAAUAAGAUAAAUGAGAAUAAAGAGUAAAUUAAACAAUAAAAGCUUUUGCCUCAGGUGACUUGCCUUGAGUGCAUAGGAUCUCAUUCACCUUUCCCUCACCCAGGUAUUUAGUAUGAACAAAAGAACCAGUAUCUAACAUGAAGUUUACAAUUAUUAAUUUAAAUGAGAAUUGUGUUUUAAUAACAGAAAAUUGUAUAUUGGUAUGUGUUUUUGUGAAAUUCUUGUGCUUUCGAAUAAACUGCAUUUUUCAUUCUUCAAGAAAAA